CAAUCAGUACUGUAGAGUCAGAGAGGCGGAGCCGGUGUCUUCAGCAGACGUGGAGGGAAAUGUACUGCGAGAUGUGUGACCUCCUUGUAGAUUUAUGAAUCAGUACACUGUGCAGGUAUGAGGUCCCUCCUGUUGGAACAGCUUCUCCUCCCCCUGCUCCUGGCAGCAGGGAGAGAUGUCACAGGGGAGAAGGUGGACAGGAAGCCAAACUUUGUCCUGAUGAUGGUGGACGACCUCGGCAUCGGUGAUAUAGGUUGCUACGGUAAUGAUACUAUCAGGACUCCCAACAUAGACAGACUUGCUUCUGAAGGUGUAAAGUUGACUCAGCAUAUUGCAGCUGCUCCCCUCUGCACUCCGAGCCGGGCCGCUUUUAUGACGGGCCGUUAUGCCCUCCGCUCAGGAAUGGGUAGCACAGGCCGUGUGCAGGUGCUGCUGUUCCUUGGAGGUUCAGGGGGGCUACCACCCAGUGAGACCACCUUUGCGAAGAGGCUGCAGCAGCAAGGAUACACCACCAGCCUAGUGGGUAAGUGGCAUUUGGGCGUGAACUGUGAACACAGAGGGGACCACUGCCACCAUCCAAACCAGCAUGGCUUCAGCUACUUCUACGGCCUGCCAUUCACCCUUUUCAAUGACUGUGUGCCCGGAGAGGGGAAUGAUGUCCUGGCAGACCUCCAGCACACACUCCGAAAUCUCACCUUGUUGCUUGGAGUUGGACUUUUCACUCUGGUGUGCGUCCGUGUGUGUGGCCUCCUUGAAGUUGGCCUGUGGCUCCUGGUAGCACUAUUUUGUCUCGCUAUCCUAGCAACCGCUGUGUGGUAUUUUCCCUUUAAACUCCUCCCGACCUGGAACUGCAUCCUCAUGAGGAACCAAGAAGUGAUCGAACAGCCGAUGACAGUGGAGACACUGCCCCAGAGGUUGCUGGGAGAAGCACAAAAUUUUAUAAAGAGGAAUGUUGAUCGUCCUUUCCUCCUCUUCUUCUCAUUGGCCCAUAUUCACACACCGCUCUUCAAAAACCCCGCCUUUGCUGGCAAAAGUCGCCACGGUCGUUACGGUGACAACCUAGAAGAAGUGGACUGGAUGAUUGGUAAAAUAACAGAGACGGUGGACUCCCUUGGCCUAGCCAACAGUACUCUGAUGUACUUUACCUCAGACCAUGGUGGACACCUAGAAGAUGCUGAUUCGCUGGUCGGCCAGAAAGGAGGCUGGAACAGCAUCUAUAAAGGUGGGAAAGCUAUGGGGGGCUGGGAGGGGGGGAUCAGGGUACCUGGUAUUUUCCGCUGGCCUGGCAGACUGGCAGCUGGAAGAGUAGUGGAUGAACCCACUAGCCUCAUGGACCUGUAUCCAACACUGAAAUAUUUGGCCAAGGACACACAACCAGACAGACAAAUAGAUGGCUAUAACCUCAUGCCACUGUUGGAGGGGAAGGUAGAGCAAUCAGAGCAUGAAUUCAUGUUCCACUACUGUGGAAUCUACCUGAAUGCAGUACGCUGGCACCCACCCGGAAGUGACUCUGUCUUCAAGGUGCACUUUUUCACCCCCAACUUUUCUCCCCCGGGAGCCGGUGGAUGCUAUGACACUAAAGUCUGUCUUUGUCAUGGAGAACAUGUGACACACCACAACCCACCACUGCUGUAUGACCUUUUCCAAGAUCCCUCAGAGUCCCGCCCACUGACUCCUAAUACUGAGCCGCGAUAUGCUGAAAUCCUUGAGCAGACUGCCAAAGCUGUGGUGAGACAUCAAAAUACCCUCACAAAAAAGCAGGCGUCUGAUGACACUCAUUCACACCCCAAUACAGAUGCAGAUGGUGUUCAAAGCCAGAUGACAUGGGACAAGAUUCUGUGGAGACCCUGGCUUCAGCCCUGCUGUGGGACUUUUCCAUUCUGCGGGUGCAAAGAAGACACGACACAUAUUUAAGGAAAAAAAUCCACCAGAUAGUUUUAUGAAGUUGAAUAGCUUGGUGAAGCUCCUUUGGAAUCUGUGGCAGAGUUUUGACAUUUUUCAAGAUCUAAUGUAAUACUGUAUUUUCUGUGAUUCAGGGUGCAUUCAGGAGCAUUGAGUGUUCUUUUUUUUAGUGUUAGAGCAUUUUAAAGAUGGGUCUUGAAAAGAUUUGGAGUUGGUGUAAAAACUGACAUGCUUUUUUGGUCCUAAAAUUUAAAUUGCUGGUACAGUGGAAUUAAUUGUAUUGUAAUGACAUUUGUUUUUUCAGUAAAUUUAAAAUAAACACAGCUAAACUAAACUUAAA